CAUCUUAUAUAGAAUCUAGCAAUGUUCUAUACUUGAAUCAAAUCCCAGAACAAGACAUAAAAUCCUUUGCUACAAGAAUUUCCGGUCACAGCUCCUUACCUAAAUCCCGUGGACAGCUUCAACUCUGAGUUGAUUUAAUUUGCCUAUAAAUCUCGACAUUAGUACAUUGUCUAUAUUUUUUAGGACAGACCAGAGUUUGCAGUUCCCUAAACACCAAGUUGGAAAAUAACUUCAACAAGAGAACGAAAGAGCAUGGAUUCGUUUACAUUAACCAACCUUCCAACAGAGCUCAUUUCACAAAUCUGCAAUAUUCUUUGUCACACCCAUCCACCAAGUUUGCUCAAUUUUGCAAGGUCUAAUAGGACCUGUUAUACCAUCGCCGCCGCCUUCCUCUCCCACACUAUCUGGAUCUUCGCGGCCGAGCCAGUGGACCUAAUCACAACUGUCCAAGAGCACCUUAAGAGCUUGCACCGUCUAGGUGUUUUCGGGAGUGUCCGUCGCUUGGUGAUCUAUGGUCCGGGCGUAGACUGUCCGAAUCGUGCCGUGUCCCCAGAUUUCCCGACGCCUGUGCCUGUGGUUGAUUUGGAAGGUCGUUUCAAUAACCCUCAGCCAAGUGUCUACCUAAUUGACAAGUCUCCGGUAACAAGAGUAUACGAAGCCGAUGAUAGAUGGCUACCGUUAGUCGGCCUAAUUCAGCAAUUACCUGCCUUGACGGAUCUUAUAUAUCAAUGCCCUGGACAGUUCCCACCUUGUCUGCUGCAAGCUCUACACCAGCAUCGGCCUGAGUGUAGGCUUCACAUUGACAAUUUCCGCCUACGCAGCAUUCUCCCUGACCCCCCUAUCGCGGACCCCCACGAGUUUCUGAUUGCCACAUCGCCAUGCCUUUAUAGCAUCAGUAUGGCGGUAGAUUACACUUAUAAUAGCCUACCAUCACAUCACGUCGGGGCAGUAUUACGUCUAGUUACGGGGCUAGCCCCUAACCUGAAGGAGGUACACCUAUUCCGAAGUAAAAUCCGGGUCUGGAAGCAAGACCAGGAACACUCCUCUUUCCUUCCACAUUGGAGGGAUCUACCUAUAUUCAAAGCAUGUCCUAGAAUAUUAGGGUCGCUGUCAUGCCUGCAGCUAUGGGGACAUAUCGAUGAACCUUCUAUAGUCACAGAACACGUCCUAGCAGACUGGAGCAUGCACACAGACUUCACUGUGUUGCGAACCCUCAGAAUUAACAGUAUGAUCGAUGAAAAUGCUCUCAGCAAUCUAGUAAAUGGCUCUCAUAACUUUCAGUCUCUAGAAACACUAGUUCUCACUUUGAGCGAACCUGGGGGUUUUUAUAUUGAGAACUUGGUUCGGUAUUGCCGAUUGGUAGAAGACUUGAUUGGCAACUUACGGGGACUGCAUACUCUUGAGAUUAUCGGAUGGACAAGCAUUAUUGACAUAAGCACAAAAUUGAGCUCUAAGUUACGAGCUCUUACAUUGUGGUCAUGCAAGGACGAAUAUCUUUCAAUACAGGAUGUCACUAACAUCCGAGAGCGAUGUCCUUUCCUUGAAAGCCUCAAAAUGGCAGUCUGCCGCACCAAGGGAGACGCAAACGAGACGGCUCUCUACAGAGAACUCGGUACUUUCCCUAAACUGAAGAAACUCGCCUUAAAGAUGUGUGCGCCAUUUCCGUUUCAUAAUUAUGGAGAUAUACUACCACCCACGUCUGAUUUUGAUGAUUUUGACCGAGAACGAUUUCCCGGGUCCGGUUAUCUGAAGGGCCAUAUACGGGAUGUUUUUAUCAACAGUGCUAUGGACGGCACUCUUGCUCGAUCUAUUUUUGAAACCGUAUCCAUGGUAAAGGAAAGCCAUAGCUUCGUCAUGCUAGAGAAACUGAAGAUAAGAUACGAGCCCAGCCCGGACUUUUGCUUGGGUCACAAGUUCCGUUAUUUAGGAAAAUACGGUAUCCCGCUCUGUGGUUCAUGGCAAGUCGAUCGUAGCCUGCGAGACGAUUCACGUCAUGUGCUGCUCGCCAGGGAAUUUGAUAAAAAAGAUAGGGAAGAGGAGGAGGGCAUUCACGACCAAUUCAAGCGGAUAUUUUCAGAAAUACCCAGAGCUGAUCCAGUCGAGCUGGAAUCGGUCUUUAGGCGGCUAUGGCCGGAGCGGUGGGAAGGAAGCGAUUGGUGGGACGAUUGGCACAGCUUUCCGCUCUCGACGUCUUCUUAGUAGCGGAUACUUUUGCUGACAGUUCGUAUGUCUGUGUCGGGAGUUAGGUAAUGGCAAUUAUGGCACAGGACUUCGACGCGAUUCUACGAGAACGAAGACAGUUACUAGCUGUUGGUCAUCUGCGGCGAGGAUCAGGACACCGAAUCGGGGAUAACGAAGGGUCUCUACAUAAACGACUUGAUGGUAAACUAAUAGGUGAACAUAUCGUGAAGGAUUUCUAACACUGGUAGUCCUGGCGAUAACUGGUUGUGGUGGAACAUACGAAUACCAGGGGACAACAAGCGCGUCGAAAUAAGCAGAACAUUAGGACGGAUAAAUUCAUUCCCUUCGUCAGCGCUUCGAUAAUAU